AUAAGGCUAAAUUUAUAUUGACUAGCCGAGAACAAAUAUUGCAGCCGCGUUACUUUAUUUUUAGUUAUAGUAUUAUACGUUUUACACCAUAAUAUAGGCCUAGAGUAGUAUUUAUAGUAGGCCUAAGUAACCAGGCGACUGUACCUACUACCUUUAAAACAGAUCUCAGUAGGCCAAAGAUGCCAUUACACAAGCAUAAGAAAAAGAAGAAAAGUCGCAAGCGUUUAAAAAGACAUUCAUCCUUGAGCUCUGAAGAUUCUGGCCCUUGGAGGGUUCUACUAUCCGACGAAGAUAGCGAGGCACCUUCAAAUGAGGAACAGCUGACAUUAUUGGUGCGGAAAACCUAUGUUAAUCAUCUUAAAGAGGCUCUGAGAUUUAACUUUGAAAACUGCAGCCAGCAUUCAGAUGUGCCUGGUUCAGAAUCUGUAGAAGAAAUGGUCCAAAAGUGGUCAUCGGCCCUGGAACAGAAAGCUUUGAGGUCAUGUAUGAUUUCCGAGUUGUAUCGCACAAGUAUGGUUUCACUUAUAAAGGCAGUAAAAACAAGCACAGUUGAUAAAAAGCUGUACAUUGAAGACAGCUCAACAACCAGCAUGUCAAGGUUGAAAUUAAAAGUUCCAAUGAACAAAUCAUCUCAGACUGAGUUUGUAAAUUUACGCCACGAAGCUGAAACUCAAACAGACUUGGUAACACCAUCUGUGUUGCAGCUAAACUUAGCUGAGAUGAGUCCUUCAGAAAGACCGUACAAUCCCGCAAUUGAUUUUGAUGAUAUAGAUUCAAAUAAUGGUGGAGUAAGUAGCUCUCUAGGUUCCAACCAACCCCAGUCAAAUACAGUGAAGAGUAAGAACCAUGAUAAUUGUAAUAUCACAUCCACCUCUGAUCUUCUUGAUUUUGCUGAUCUGCCUACCCAAGAAUACAAGGUGAAUGUAGACUCUGCAGACAGUUCGGGUCAAAAAAGGCUGAUAACUGAGUGUGGAAUUCAAAGUAACAUGUCGAUUACAGAACCUGAUAAAUGCCAGACAACCUGCUUAAACCAUGACAAAUCCGAUGGAAAACCUGAAAAUUUCUGUGACGAGUUCCAUACCGGUUCAAAAACUUUUAUAACUAUAAAAAAGCGACGAACGAGUUUUGAAAAAACUUCAAAGAUGAAUAAAAAUCUUGAUGAAAGACUUACUGAACUUGGCUUAAUGGUAGAAAAUGAAGACGAUAGUUCAUUACAGCAGUUGGGCAAGUCAAAGAGACUUAGUAACUGGUUUGCGGAGGAGACAGCUCAGUCUUGUAAUCUUUCCAGAAUAUUGAUGAGAAUGACAACGAAGCAAAGAGAAAAAGUAAUGAAAAAAAUCAAGGAUCUGUUUGGAGAUGAUCAUUGUUCUCAGUUGGAAUUAUCAGAAGCCAACAUAGCCAUUUGCAGGAAGAGGAUUGCCUCUGUAGUUGUAAUGGAACUAACUCCAGUCUAUCAGGCAAAACGAAUUGCCUCGAGGCAUCUGUUUAAGUUUCUGGCAAAAAAAAUUACUCAGUCCAUAAUGGAGAAAUCACUUGCCCCAGAUACCAAAGAUAUCAGGUGGAGGGUAAAGAAAUAUUUUGAUGACGGAAAAGUUAUUAUGUCUGAAGCAGACUGCAAGUAAAAUUUUUUAGUAUUUAUCUUAUCUGUGAUAUUAUUUACUUAAGAAUGAUUGUAAUUAUAUUGUGUACCCGUUCACCCAAAAAUGUGAUACUCCUAGCUAAUAAAAUAAUGUAAAACACUAU